AUGAGGUUUAGCCCGAAAAACUGUCUCCGUAACUCACUGAUAAUUCUUAUAGUGUUCGGAACGUUUAAGAUUCGGUGGCGGCAAAGUGCAAAGCUGGAAGUCGCUGUGGAAGAACUUGAUUCGAUAACUCAACCUAAUAUUCAAAAGACUGAAGCGUAUUCGGCAGUGCUUCAUUCGACUCAACUACAUUCUAGCCGACCUCCGCCUUCAGCUAAACUUCAAUUAACGCAGAUACCUUCAAGUCUGCCUGAUUCAACUGCAACCCUGUUAGAGCAACCAAAAUUUCUUAUUCUUAUUUACACUAGGUUCUGGCAAAAAGUAAAAGAGGUUGGCGAGUAUCGAAGCGACUGCAUUCUUGAUCAAACCAGCAGAACUCAAUGCCCAUUAGAUAGAUUUGAAAUGACCUACGACAAAGAUCGGUUUUCGCAGAGCGACUUAGUGAUAUUUCGCGCGGCUGGCGGGAACAUGCCAAGUGUAGAUCAUCUGAAGUCAUUAUCAAAGAACAGGCCUGCUAAACAGCGCUGGGUUUAUCACACUAUGGAAGGGCCACUGGCGACUCCUGAUGCAGCACCGUUAAACGGAUUGUUCAACGCAACUUGGACGUACCGAGGUGACUCCGAUUUUUCAGCUGCCUAUUCAGCGUAUGUACCCCUCCUUCCUGAGGAGGCAGUAGAUAAAAAGAAAACUAUGAUCGACUAUGGUCAAGGAAAAACUAAACUUGUCGCAUGGCUGGUGAGUAACUGUGGAUCUCAACUACGUAUGGCCUUCGUCCGCGAACUGAUGAAGUACAUCAACGUAGAUGUAUACGGAAUCUGCUCCAGCGCAUUUGGCCAGAGACUAUCAUGUUCAAAAUCAGAUGAAAAAGACUGCCUCAAACAUUACAAAUUCUACCUUUCGUUUGAAAAUGCGCUGUGCAAGGAUUACAUCACUGAAAAGUACUGGGAUCAUUUAGGUAAAUAUUUGUUGUUGUUGUUUUUAAUCAACUAUUUGUACAUAUUUCAUCCGACAUAAAAUUAUUUUGGUAAAAAAGGUGACUAAGGCCAAACAUCACUAAUUGUUAGCGACAAAAACGAAAGGACUUCUUCAAGCGGAUUCUGAGGAUGCAUCUUUUACAGCCUUAUUCAACUUUAAUCAGCGUUGUCUUUUUUAUCAAUACAAAAUUUUUUCUUCCUUAACAAUAGCUCGUAACUAAGCUGUCUUGUCCUAACGAAAAUACCAAUAUCACGAAAGUUCAACUCGCGAAUACAAAUGAGGCGCAGUAUUUAGAUAACACAUGGUAAGUAGGUUUAAUUUGCUGAUUAAAUUCAUUAGUCUGAGUAACCAGGUAAGGUGCUAUCGAGUCUUGGAACAAAAAUAUUUGUUUUGAAUAAAAUUCGUAAUUAAUUUCGAUGAAACAACGCAAUUUCUGAUUUUUUGGCAGUAUAUGAAUAAAAAGGAAUGUUGUUUGAUAUGUCACCAUGUAAGGGUUUCAUUUCCUACAAUGCACUUAUUUUCGCAACUGAAUUAAUUAUACUAACGCGAAGACAUUAAGCGUCUCUCAUCUGUGUUUUCGCUUACUUUGCAUGCACCUUAUAAACUUUAUAACUGCUUCGUUUAGUUAGUAACCACACUUCUUAAGGUCCCAACAGACCUUCACUAUGCCAGAGGUAUCUAGAUUUUACCUAUUGGUGUAUGCGAAGUAGUUAGAAGCGGACACUAAAACGUACUUUAAACUUUCUUUAUCUAAUUGUUUGGACAACCACAGGUAGCCCAAGCUCGAAAUAUGAGCAUCGGCAUUGUUGCGUAACAUUCGAAAUAUAAGGAUUUGUAUGGGGAAAAAAACCUAUCUAACUGACUCGGAUAUAUAACUGAAAACUCUUAGAAAAACUUGAGGCCAAGGGCAGGGUAAAUAUCUGUUUGUUAAACGCGGUUUUUUUUGUAAUUGGUUACGCUGUAACAGCAAUUAUUUCAAACAGAAAUUUCUCGAAAACGCUCGCAUAAAAAUUGCUUAAAAUCGGUACAACUCAAGACAGUUAUGUGAGCUUCACGUCCCAUCAUAAGCAGCUUCAAAAACAAAUGUCUAUAUUUCUCAUAAUUUCAGGAAACCUAAAAAUGUCAAUAGCGUCGCCGCGUUGCCAUAGAUACGUCGAUCGGUUACCUGCUUUGCUUGGGGCAUUUUUACAUUUUUGUUAAUAGGUGUUAUCAAUGUUAAAACGGCUCGAGCUACCUUAAUUAUUGACAUCCAACUACCUGUUCCAGAGUCUGGUUAUUUUUGAGAGCGAAAGGUUAUGCAGAUAAUUAUUCAGCAAUAUCAAAUGUCUUAUUAACGUAUUUCAGUACUCCUGUGAGGUAACAGGACGUAGGUUGUAUUACAGUCAAACCCCACUUCACGGACAUCCCGUUAUUACGGACAGUUUGCUUUGUCCUCGUUGAAAGAAAGCCCUUACAUUUUCUCUAAAUUCAAUCCUCUUAAUAUGGACACUUUCUAUGGUAUUAACGGAGUUUGACUGUAUUUUGCAAGUGCAGAGAAAAAUGCGAAAAUCUACAAUUUUUUUCGUAGUGUAUGUCUCUGAAGGGAAAUAGAAAUAACCCAGCAGGGCGUUGUUAAAGCGGCAGCUUUAUUACUUAUCUUAACCCUUUAAAUCCCAAUAUCCAGAUACAAACUGAGAAAUUCUGCAAACUUGUCUUAGUUGAGAAAAUAGGAUAAAAGAUCAAAGAAUUUUCCCUUAGGUGAUCAUGAAAUUAAUUCUGAUAACCUUUAACCUUGAUCGGGACUUUGAUAUCAUUGUAAGACAACUCGUGUUGGUCACUAAUUUCUUGCUCUUUCAGGAGAGUACACGAAUGUUGUUCCCGUUGUGAUGGGUGGCGCUGAUCCCUCAGACUACAAACGAAUGGCUAUUCCGGGGUCUUAUAUCAAUGUUGUGGACUUCAAGACUGUAAAACAACUAGCAGAAUAUCUUCAAUAUCUGGACAAAAACAUCACAGCUUACAACGAGUAUUUUAAGUGGCGGUUAAAAUACAAAAGAAGUCCUUAUCACUACCCUUUGUGUAACUUUUGCAGAUCACUCGCCUUAAAACCUGACCUUAGAGAAACGAAAAUUUAUCACGAUCUUCGCAAAUAUUGGUUAGACGAAGGAAUGUGUCAUCAACAGUACCAACGUAUUAGAAACAUGUGGUAA